AUGUCGUUCCGAGUUCUGAUAGCCGUUGCCGCGCGCUUUGACCUAGAAUUACUACAAUACGAUGCGGUAAACGCCUUCGUCCACGCGGAUCUAGACGAGACCGUCUAUAUGGAGCUUCCGCCGGGCUACCGCGUUCCAGGAAGAAUCCUGCGAUUAAGAAAGGCGCUAUACGGCCUACGACGCGAGAAUUGCUGCUGGCAAAAAGGCGAAGUCAUGUUCUUCUUCUACGUGGACGACUGCGUACUGGCGUUUCCCCGCGCGCGCAAGGAGGCAGCGCUGCGGGAGGUCUCUAAGCUACAGAAGCGCUACCACUUCGAAGGAGGCGGAGACCUCCAGUGGUUUUUAGGAAUCGAGGUCAUACGAGACCGAGCCACACGCCGAUUAUGGCUCUCGCAGGCAGUUUACGCCGAGAAGGUAAGGCGGCUGCUUCCACCCACAGCUAACGCGUUAGAAGACGGUUCUGAAGCGCGCUCGUAUACUCCUAUGGUCCUGGAGGAGCUUCUACCCUACGAAGGAGAGGCCAGCGCGUAG